AAACUGUCAGAACCCUGCUACUAGAGCCUGGAUGUGGCUCUGAGUUUCAGGGUCACUGACAUUGAUAAGACACCUGCGUCCCAGGACUCGGAGGAGAAACGGCUGAUGGACUUGGCGGGGAAUUUGCGCGGGGUUUUACUGAGCGGGAAGAGACUGUUCAAAUGAGGGGGAGGGUAUAUAAAGGAGGGUUGGCCGGAGCCUCCCAUUCUUGGCUUUUCUGAUGUUCAUGUUUCCUACAGUAAAAGUUCCUGGUGAUACCACAGAGAGUCUCGUGUGUUCAUUCAGGAGCGGCUGUGGUGAGCUGACACUAAGCCAAGAAUACGGACACCAUCCCGCUGUAGCGGUGAGAUGUAACAUGCAAGUGGAGGAUGAAGAGCUCUUGGGCGCCGGAGGAGGAAGGUCGGAAAGGGCCACUCCCGAGACGGACGCUGAGUUCCACCAGCUGGCGGCCCUGGCGUCAUCCACCGCUUAUGCCCAGCCAAAUGGGGUAACCCAGAGGCGCGGAGUGGUGCGGGGAGAUAGCACCGGAGGAGAGGAAGGUUCACCUUCCCCAGGCCCGCAAAAGAUGGUGUUUCUGGAGGAGAGGAUGUCGGCGAUGGAGACCACCCUGGCAGUGAUGUCGAGGGCGAUGGAGCGCCUGGCGGUUUUGGCGGAGCCGGAGCGAGGAAGGGAACUCCGGGCUAGCUCAAUGUGGGACGUGAGCAUGGGAAGCAGCCAGGGCUUUGCAGACCUCCCAGCACCGAAGGGAAGGGAAAUGCGAAAGGAGCCCGGUGCCCGGCCCAAGAUCCAAACGAGCCUGACGCGGGUGGAGGAGAGUGACGACGAAGGGGAAAAGCCUCCGAGAAUCCCGGCUACGCUCCCAACUGAGACCCUGGUGCCCCUGGCGAAUGCCGGGCGUGGCACAGGACAAAGGGAAGCAGCAGCGGGGCCCACUGGCCCGCAAGGGGGCUUGCGACGGGCGGAGAAUUGGGGAUUGCCACCACAGGGACCCCUACCGAGACGAGAGGAACUAAGGAUCGAGUUUGGGGGAGAGUCCUCUGAACUGGAUUUUUUCCUGACCACGGUGAGGGGCUAUAUGGAGGACAAUGCCCACACUUUUAGAACGGAAUCCAGCCGGGUACGGGCCAUUGGUGCAGUGUUGAAGAGGGGAGCGGCCAGCUGGUACGUUCAACUACACGCGCGGCGCGACCCAUGUCUGGGGUCACUCCGACGCUUUAUGGGGGCCCUGGAGACCCGUUUCCGAGAUCCACUGGAGCAGAUCCGGGCGAGGGAGGAGUUGAAGACCGUCUCCCAGGGGCAGAGGUCGGUAUCUGAGUAUGCGGAGGAGUUCCAAUGCCUCGCUGAAAAGGUGCCGGAAUGGUCUGCAGUGACAAAGAUAGAACUCUUCAAAGAGGGGCUCAGGCGGGAGAUCCUCUCCUGGGCGGUGCAUCGUGAUGAGCCUGACACACUGCGCGGAUGGAUUCAGCUGGCGGGGCGCAUCGAGACAUCGCUGGCCCAGGCGAGGAGGCACCGAGGAGGGCUACAGCAGCGGCCGCAGAUGAAAGAGGGGAGCCGGAAGGAGGGAUCAACCCCAGCCGGGAGGAGAACGGAGCCGACAGGGAACGUGAGCACCAGCAGGAGGGGCUGCUUCGUGUGCGGCCGUUUGGGCCACAGGGCUGCCGAGUGCUGGCAGAGAAAAGGGGAAGGCGGAGGCCCGCCCAAACCAAGAGCCGUGGCAGGGAAACGCGCCGAGGAAGAACCACCGAUGAGGCACCACUCGGGGGGGUUGGACGAAGGGGAGGAGGACGCCAUGUCAGAACCCUGCUACUAGAGCCUGGAUGUGGCUCUGAGUUUCAGGGUCACUGACAUUGAUAAGACACCUGCGUCCCAGGACUCGGAGGAGAAACGGCUGAUGGACUUGGCGGGGAAUUUGCGCGGGGUUUUACUGAGCGGGAAGAGACUGUUCAAAUGAGGGGGAGGGUAUAUAAAGGAGGGUUGGCCGGAGCCUCCCAUUCUUGGCUUUUCUGAUGUUCAUGUUUCCUACAGUAAAAGUUCCUGGUGAUACCACA